AUGGCAAAUGCUCAAUUGUAUAGUGCACGUGAGAGGAGUUUAAUUCAAACGAUUGUGUCGGUGAUGCGAUCAUAUUCACUCUCGUAUACAGCGAAUUUUCAAGAUGGCGUUACUUCAUUCAUUUUCUGCCCGCCAGUCGAUGUGUUGGUGUUGUUUCCGCUUGAGAGCAGCGAGCAACGUCGAAGUGGCUUCUUAUCAAAUACAGUUCGUCAGAUGAUUGCACACCGAAUUCAAUUGGCUAGAAUUCGAAGCGAGGAAUUACCGUUGGAUAAAGAAAAUAACGAUCAACGUCAGUAUUCGCGUAGGAUAAAUGAGCAACAACUUAGUUCCAAGAAUCAAAGCCCAAAUCAGGCAAGUUGCAACGCUAAGAGCGCGGGUGAUGGCAACGAUAAUUUGGAUAGAAAUCGCAUCAUCUACAGAUACAAUCAGGGCUUUUCGAAUGCAAUACGACGAAAUAUUCGAAUGAGAAACCUCAUUUUCUAG